UUUUGUGAACAGAAGUCUAGCCAUGGAAAAAAUAAAGUGCUUUGGAUUUGAUAUGGAUUAUACAUUAGCUGGGGAGUCCAGUGUAACUCCUUCAAGACUGGAGUGACACUCAGCAUCUGCAUCUGCCUCAUUGUAUAAAUCUCCAGAAUAUGAAUCCCUUGGGUUUGACUUGACAGUUGAGCGAUUAGUUUCAAUUGGAUAUCCUCAAGAGCUUCUCAGUUUUGUCUAUGAUCCUGCAUUCCCAACCAGCUAAACAAAAGUUCAAUGGGACUCUGUCAGCAAAGUGUCCUCCUUAGGGUCAGAUUCUAGUUUGGACAGAACAUGAUAGAACUGGCUCAGAGGUCUGGUGUUUGAUUCCCUUUAUGGAAACCUGUUGAAAGUUGAUGCCUAUGGGAACAUCUUAGUAUGUGCACAUGGCUUUAACUUCAUGAGAGGGCCAGAGAUCCGAGAGCAGUAUCCUAACAAAUUCAUCCAGAGGGAUGAUACUGACAGGUUUUAUAUUCUAAACACUCUGUUCAACCUACCAGAAACCUACUUGUUGGCUUGUCUGAUUGAUUUUUUUACUAAUUGUGACAGAUAUGCAAGCUGUGAAACAGGGUUUAAAGAUGGAGACCUCUUCAUGUCCUUCAGGAGUAUGUUCCAGGAUGUGAGAGAUGCUGUGGAUUGGGUUCAUUAUAAGGGAUCUCUCAAGGAGAAGACAGUUGAGAAUCUAGCAAAGUAUGUGGUGAAAGAUGGGAAGCUACCUCUUCUGUUGAGUCGCAUGAGUGAGGUGGGAAAAGCAUUCCUUGCCACCAACAGUGAUUAUAAAUACACUGAUAAAAUAAUGACUUACCUGAUGGAUUUUCCACAUGGACCAAAGCCUGGCAGCUCUCAUCGGCCCUGGCAGUCAUACUUUGACCUCAUCCUUGUGGAUGCACGCAAGCCUCUCUUCUUUGGGGAAGGUACAGUCUUGAGGCAGGUGGACACUGUUACUGGCAAGCUGAAGAUUGGUACCUACACUGGUCCCCUGCAGCAUGGCAUUGUCUACUCUGGGGGCUCCUCUGAUACGAUCUGUGAUCUUCUGGGGGCCAAAGGCAAAGACAUUUUAUACAUUGGAGAUCACAUCUUUGGAGAUAUUCUGAAGUCCAAGAAACGUCAGGGUUGGAGGACCUUCCUAGUGAUUCCAGAACUGGCACAGGAGCUUCAUGUCUGGACAGACAAAAGCUCCCUUUUUGAAGAGCUUCAGAGUCUAGACAUCUUCUUAGCAGAGCUAUACAAACAUUUGGACAGUAGCAGCAAUGAGCGCCCUGACAUCAGUUCCAUCCAGAGGCGUAUUAAGAAAGUGACUCAUGAUAUGGACAUGUGCUAUGGAAUGAUGGGAAGCCUUUUCCGGAGCGGCUCCCGACAGACGCUGUUUGCCAGUCAGGUGAUGCGCUACGCAGACCUUUAUGCAGCAUCUUUCAUCAACCUCCUAUAUUACCCCUUCAGUUAUCUCUUCAGAGCUGCCCAUGUACUGAUGCCACAUGAGUCAACUGUGGAGCACACUCAUGUGGACAUCAACGAGACAGAAUCACCAAUGGCCACUCGCAACCGCACUUCAGGGGAUUUCAAAGAUUCUGACAAACGGCACCAGUUGACCCGAUCUGUUAGUGAGAUCAAACCUCCUAAUCUCUUCCCUCAAGCUCCCCAAGAGAUCACACAUUGCCACGAUGAGGAUGAUGAUGAAGAGGAGGAGGAGGAAGAGGAAGAGGAGGAAGAAUAGGGAAGACAUUUGGACAACACC